UAUUCUUUGCUCCAAAGUGACUGAACAGUCACUCCUUCGUUUUAUGUAAUAUUUUUGUAAAUCUCUUUCCGUUUUCAUCUAUCAUGGUUCAUUAUAUUAUAUAUCCCACCAUCCAAAUACAACAUGAGUAGAGUUACAUUGAGCAGGCUAAUAUAGAGAGUAGAGUCUCUGAAACAACAGAAAUACAACAUGAGCAUUCCAAGUGUGCUAGUUUUACCAGGUCCAGCUCAAGGACAUGUCUAUCCCAUGAUGAACUUCUCGCAAAAGUUGGUUGAGAAUGGAUGCAAAGUCUAUUUUGUGAACACAGACUUCAACCAUAAGCGAGUUGUGAGUUCCAUGGUUGAGCAACAAGAAAGCCUUGAUGAAUCACUGGUAAAGUUGGUUUCAAUCCCAGAUGGUUUAAGACCUGAGGAUGACAGAACAGAUUUUGUCAAGUUAUUUGAUGCUAUACUAAGCACCAUGCCUUCUAUGCUUCAGAGGAAAAUAGAAGAAAUUCAUUUGUAUGGUGAGGAUAGAAUCAGCUGUAUAGUUGCAGAUGUGAAUAUGGGAUGGGCUUUGAAUGUUGGGAACAAGUUGGGAAUCAAAGGAGCUCUCUUCUGGCCUGCAUCAGCUGCUAUGUUUGCCUUUCAAUGCAACAUCCCUGCACUUAUUGAUAAAGGGAUCAUAGAUUCUGAUGAUGGGGAGACAUCCAAGUAGGAGCAUCAUGGUAGACUUCGAGACCUUUAUUCCUAGAUAAGGCAGUUUGGGCUAACUUAUGGGCGCAGCAAUUGGACUUUCGAUAACUAAUAUGCUAAUAGAACUAAUUUUAAUCACCAUUACCUAACAUCACUUCAUGCAUUUGCUUAUAGCUUGAUAUAUGUGUAUACUGUUAGAUUUUUUAUAAUUAUUGUAGCCCCCAAUGAAUUGUAUUUAUUUUUUUGUUUUUAUAAAAAUGGGUUAAGUCGUGAUUCUUAUGAGGGUGCAGUAUAGAACCUGCUUAAUUCAGUGAUCCUUUUGUUUGGAUUUGAAUAUUUGUAAACUGAUUAGUGUGGGUAAUAGUGUAGGCCUAACUCAUAGGCUCAUGAUGAGAAAGGGACUAGGGUUAAUAAAUUUGGUUAGAUCCCAUUUGCAU